AUGGGCAACACAUCUUCGAUGCUUACUCAAUACGACAUUGAAGAAGUUCAAGAACACUGCAAUCACACCUUUUCACAGCAGGAGAUAGUUGCUCUGUAUCAGAGGUUCUGUCAGCUGGAUCGCAAUGGGGGUGGCUUCAUCUCUUCCGAAGAGUUCAUGUCUGUGCCCGAAUUUGCCGUCAAUCCUCUCUCUCAGAGAUUGCAGAGGAUGCUGGAUGGGUUGAAUUUUAAGGAGUUUGUGGCAUUCUUGUCUGCAUUCAGUUCCCGAGCAAGCUUGCAGCAUAAAGUGGAAUUCAUUUUUAAGGUUUAUGAUUCUGAUGGCAAUGGGAAGGUUGCAUUCAAUGACUUGUUGGAUAUUCUGCGAGACCUGACUGGACAUUUUAUAUCUGAGCCACAAAGGGAGCGAGUCCUGACCCAUGUUCUUGAGGAAGCAGGCUACUCAAAGGAUUCUUUGCUAGGUUUAUCUGACUUUAUGAAGAUACUUGGCAACUCUGGCUUGAAGAUGGAAGUUGAGGUUCCGGUAGAUUAG